GCUCGCAUAAUCUACAAGGGAUCAAUCUAUGCACGUGAAUCCACUCACGUGGGCAACAGCCUGAUCCUCUACUAUCCUGACGGCGUUAUGCACACGCAAACACCAGGAACCAUCAAGUAUAUUUUCAGGACCGAGCAUGGAGUAAGCUUCGCUGUGUGGUGUCACCUCCCACUACUCUCUUACCCAGACCCUUUUCGCCAUUAUCCUCACUUCCUGGCUCAAUUACACUCGUCGGCGCUUGCUGACCAUCUUGAGGUUGUCAUGCCUGAGUGGGUAGUGUCACAUUUCACACGGUGGAACUUCUCCCCGCAGCAUAUCAUUGCCGUGUCUCUGUGUCGUGUGCGUAUCUCUCUCUCUCCGACAUUUACAAUGGUCUCACAACUAAUAGGAUUGAGUUCUUGA